CGCGGCUGGCGCGGGGGCGCGCGGCGGCGGCACGUUUGGUUCCGGGCCGAGGCUGGCCGCGGAAAAGUUGCGGGGCUGAGAGGAGAGGCCCCAGGACAGGCAGCUAGUGCGACGCCGAGCCGGCUCCCGGCUCCCGGCGCCCGUGAUCCGGCCAUGGACGACCUCGAUGCCCUGCUGGCGGAUCUGGAGUCCACCACCUCCCACAUCUCCAAGCGGCCCGUGUUCUUGUCUGAGGAGACCCCCUACUCAUACCCAACUGGAAAUCACACGUACCAGGAGAUUGCUGUGCCACCCCCUGUUCCACCACCCCCGUCCAGCGAGGCCCUCAAUGGCACAGUCCUUGACCCCUUAGACCAGUGGCAGCCCGGAGGCUCCCGAUUCAUCCACCAGCAGCCUCAGUCUUCGUCACCUGUGUAUGGCUCCAGUGCCAAAACUUCCAGUGCCUCGAACCCUCAGGACAGCUCUCCAUGUUCCCGAGUGGGCGAGGAGGAACACGUCUACAGCUUCCCCAACAAGCAGAAAUCAGCUGAGCCUUCCCCCACCAUAAUGAGCUCCUCCCUGGGCAGCAACCUUUCUGAACUUGACCGCUUGCUGCUGGAACUGAAUGCUGUGCAGCAUAAUGCCCCCGGCUUCCCUACAGAUGAGGCCAACUCAAGUCCCCCACUCACAGGGGCUUUGAACCCCCACUAUGGCAUCUCAGAGAAUAACAGCCCUCUGGGGGGCAAAACUGGGCCCCUGACAAAAGAGAAGCCUAAGCGGAAUGGGGGCCGGGGCCUGGAGGAUGUGCGGCCCAGUGUGGAGAGUCUCUUAGAUGAACUGGAGAGCUCUGUGCCCAGCCCUGUCCCUGCCAUCACUGUGAACCAGGGUGAGAUGAGCAGCCCUCAGCGAGUUUCCAGCCAGCAGCAGACGCGCAUCUCGGCCUCUUCUGCCACCAGGGAGCUGGACGAGCUAAUGGCCUCACUGUCAGAUUUUAAGACCAGCUCCUCCACCGUGACUCUGACCUCCCCGGGGCUGCUGCCCAGCUCUGCUCCAUCCACACACCACUCACUUUCUCCUUCUCCCCCUCCUCCCAUGCUCUCCACCAGUAAAUCCUCCCCUCGAAACCAGGGCCAUACCCCAAAGGCCCCCUACACUAAGCAGAGGGGACAGGGCUUUCCACCUCCUUUGGCCUCCAGCUGGCUUGAUUUGGCUGGUCUUGAGGUGAUGCCUGACACCUGCAGUUCAAAGUCUCUGUCUGUGGAGGGUUCUCUGGAGCUAUUUGGUACAGAAAGCAAGGCUCAAGAUUGUAGGCAUCUGCCAAACCUCACAAAUAAGCUCUCUGGGGCUCCUCCCUGCCACACUCUACCCUGCACUGGGAGCAUAAGUCCCCAGGAGCAUGGACACCCCGGGGGGCCACCAACCAAUCCUUUGUGUCUAGAGGAGGCUAUGACUGCCACAUGGGAGCAGCCCUGGACUUUGGAGGCAUUGAGGCCUGAGACUCCCAGGGGAGCUACUUACAGCUUCCAAGAAGUUACUGAGCCAGCUGUCAUGGCAGUGGACCGUCAGGCCAUCUUCCCAGAUACCUGGAGUCUCAUGGAGGGACAUGGCCAGUGGAAGGAGCAGGCCAAGCCAGAGGCAGGGAGGCUGGGAAGCAGCAGCCCUGCUCCAGUUAACAUGGAUCACUUGGGUGGAGAGAUGUCCAAGAGGGGAAGCCUGAUCAGGCCAACCCAGGAAUCUGAGACCCCAGUGAGCAUGGAGAACACCACUGAAUGUGCUACGGUGGCCAGGAACGAACAGCUGGAGCUUCCACAUGCCAUGGUCAUGGGCACACCAAACACCAUGGAGAGGAUUUCCACCUCUGGCCAGAUCUGCUCCACGAUCAGGAGCCGGGAGACAGUCCGUGCACAUCCCAGGUCCCGGGAGCCCUCCCCUCGCCGCCGGCUGGACCCUGCCACCUUGAGCAGGACCCCGUCCCAGGAGCGGCUCAUCGCAGAGCUGCAGGGUCGGCUGGGUAUCCAGUUGGAGGCAGAGCAGGCAGCAGGGGCCUCUGCCCAGGACUGGCUGACUGAGGGCGUCAUCAUCACUGUGCAGCCAUGCAGGAAGCCAGCCGGGGGGCAGCUUGUAGAGAAGGUUGUCUUUCCUCCUGGCUCUCCCAUUCCCCUGAGAAGAACCAUCUCUGUCCUGGCUUCUCCUCCUCCUUUCCCUUUACUGCAGCAUCACAAAGACACCUCGGCCAGCAGCUCCUCUCCCUUGCCCAGCCUACCUUUCCUGUCCCCUCCGAGGCCUUCAGCUUGCACCCAUGGUUCUUCUGGGGUCCCAAGUGCGGGGAAAGAGCCCCAGGAUGAGGAUGUGCAGGGUCCCGCUUCUCCUACUCCUGCAUCCUACACCAUGAGGUCCAUGGGCUGCCAGACCGAUGAGGACCCACUUUUCCCCCCAAUGCAGAUCCAGGCCCUGGAAGAAAGAGUGGAUGGGGAGCAGUGCUGGGCAGACGGCAGGCAGAGCGGCCCUGUAGGGCAGGACAAGGGAGGAAUGAGUUUCAUGGCCCAAGGGAAGACAGGGAGCAGCUCACCCCCUGGGGGACCUACAAAGCCUGGGAGCCAACUAGACAGCAUGCUGGGGAGUCUGCAGUCUGACCUCAACAAGCUGGGUGUUGCCACGGUCGCCAAAGGAGUCUGUGGGGCCUGCAAGAAGCCCAUUGCUGGACAGGUUGUGACUGCCAUGGGGAAGACGUGGCACCCAGAGCACUUCGUCUGCACCCACUGCCAGGAGGAGAUUGGAUCUCGGAACUUCUUUGAGCGGGAUGGACAGCCCUACUGUGAAAAGGACUAUCACAAUCUCUUCUCUCCACGUUGCUACUACUGCAAUGGCCCCAUCCUGGAUAAAGUGGUGACAGCUCUUGACCGGACGUGGCAUCCUGAGCACUUCUUCUGUGCCCAGUGUGGAGCCUUCUUUGGUCCUGAAGGGUUCCAUGAGAAAGACGGCAAGGCCUAUUGCCGCAAGGAUUACUUUGACAUGUUCGCGCCCAAGUGUGGUGGCUGUGCCCGGGCCAUCUUAGAGAACUACAUUUCAGCUCUCAACACACUUUGGCAUCCUGAGUGCUUUGUGUGCCGGGAAUGCUUCACACCAUUUGUCAACGGCAGCUUCUUCGAACACGAUGGGCAGCCCUAUUGUGAGGUGCACUACCACGAGCGGCGCGGCUCGCUGUGCUCUGGCUGCCAGAAGCCCAUCACGGGCCGCUGCAUCACCGCCAUGGCCAAGAAGUUCCACCCAGAGCACUUCGUCUGUGCCUUCUGCCUCAAGCAGCUCAACAAGGGCACCUUCAAGGAGCAGAAUGAUAAGCCUUACUGUCAGAACUGCUUCCUCAAGCUCUUCUGCUAGGCGCCCAUUCCUUCUUCUGCCUCCCUUCCCCAGCCAGUGUCCCCAACUGCUACUGUGACCCAGAGACCUCACCUGGGGGUGAAGAGGGCAAAUCAGACUGAAACUGGAACCCUUGUCCUCAGCUGGUGCAGGAUGGGAAGAGGCCAUAAGGGGUCCUAUUUGCUCAUCUUCACCCUUGCCAGAGCCUCUGGGCCUCCUUCCUCCUCCUACAGCUCUUUGCAGGCUGCCCAUUCUUCAUCUUCCCUGAGCGGAGGAGGCAGGCGGGCCCACCCUACCCCAUGUGUGUUCCCAUGAACUGGCCUGGCCCGGCCAGCACCCACACUGGAGCCAUCUUUUACUUAUUAUUUCAGCAGUGGAGCCAGGGGUAGGGUGGGGUGGGGAGGGCAGGCAGGGCUCUAUGGGGUCUCUCUUUAUUUGUGCCCAAACCUAAUUGUCCUUGUUCUGAGAGUAUGGGGGGACACCUGGCUCCCUCCAGACAAUGCCAGCAUAAAUCCAUCCACGCAUCCAAGGGUGGGAGAGUCCAAGGGGCCAUGGAAGGUUUCUUGUGCCCCUCUCACACUUCCAGCCUCCCUGGGCCAGGGUGAUUGCCCCCAAUACCCAAACCCCGUCCACAAGCUCCCCUUUUAUAUCUGCUCUGGUUCUACUGAGAAAGGCCUCUCCAGCAAUAAGGUUUUAUAGUCACUUCCUCCGUCUUGGGGCUGGCGUGAGGUAGGGGGUAUUACCGGUGCCUGCACACUGUACCGACUUUGAUAGAUUUCUACACCGAGGUUUGAAUUCAUAUUGCCUGACUUGCUUUUACUUCUCUAUACAAAAUGAUUUUGAAGAGAUUUUAAAGAUGUUCCCUUUUUGUACUCUCCUCCUUGUCUACCGCCAUUGGGCCUGUCAGUGACAACAGCCUUGGCAUGGAGUUUGCUUUGUACCAAGGGCUUGGGGUGGGGAAGCAAUUUAUAUUUUAUUUUUUUCUUAGCACAAGCAGGUGAAUGGGGAGCAGUUUCAUGACUCCCCUUCUUUUCACUUCACACCUCACCAGGACUGUUUUAUAAACUGCUGUAUUAAUGAAACCCUUUCCUUACUGCCCAACCUAGCAAGCUCUUCACUGAAACUGGUCUAAGGGCGUCUUGCCCACUUGGGCCUAGAAUUCUGAAGCUCAUCUGUUCUGCUCCUGAGGAAGAAGGGGAAGUACACUUUAGGGGCUGCUGCUUGUUUGAGUAAGCCAUUGGGAGCCUCUGUUCCCCUGUGGACUUUUUGGCAACAGAGAACCCACUAAAUGUUCUCUCCUCAUUGCUUCUCUGGAACUCUCUCUUCUGCCUUCUCGGGAAAGCUGGUGUGUGAUUGUGACCAUAAGGACUAUGAAAGUCUCUUUGGUCUGUUGAUUCCACUGGGCAUAUCACUUCCCCACAUCUGCCCUUCCUGGAAACUGGGUACAGGUUCUUCCUCUCUUACAAGUGGGAUGGACACUUAGGAGGUCUGAUAGCAUUUUGAGCAGAGGCCCGGGAUCCUGCUGGGGCCACAGGAAACACAUAGAGCUCUUUCCUGAGGAUGAAACAGGAGUAGCCAGGCCUGAAGUUCUUGGUCUAAGGGCACCCUCCAAGGGCCUAAUGUGAGAAAGACCCAGAUGACCUCACUAGCCUCCUGGCAGAGAAGAGGGUCCCUCCUUUUGGGCUGAGCUGGGUGCAGCCCAGGUCUGGGGAGAUCCCUCUAGCCCCUUCAGAGUCUGAUAUCUCCACUUCCACCCACAGGCCUUACUGCUCUGUUUACAUGACCUGCCCUAGGUCCCUCCCCAACAGGGAGUGAGGUUUCUGGGGUUCACAGUUUGGGUCAAUGGUUAUUUGAUAAUUUCAUUUUGGUUAGUUUUUUCCUCUGUAAACUUCUAAUGUGGCUUUUCCCAUUUCAAUUCCUGUGAUUUAUGCCAAUAAAGUUUGCCAUUAUUUUCACCUGUGCUAGUGCCAUUUCUUGGUGGUCUGAAAUAAACAACAGUUCCCUGAUUUGAGGUCAGAAUCCCUGCUGAGAGGAUCCCAGGUACCUGCUUGCAGGUGCAGUUCUUCCUGGCUCCGACGUGGCUUUGCUCUUCCGGGCAGUCAGUGCGGGAAGGCUGGGGGUGUAGCCCUGUCCUAGGUGCGCGGCGCUUUUGGAUUCCCUGAGGGCAUUCUGUGGGUGGCUUUCCACUCAUUUACAGGUGGGAAUAGAAGUUGUGAGAGGAGACCCCACACGCACAAGGCAAUCCUUUGAGCGACUGCAGAGGCGCAAUGUGAACCCAGGGCUUGCCUCUGCCUGCGUUCCAGCAUUGAGCCAGACUCCAUCACGCCCCCGCGGCCAAGCAACUUGGUUGUAGAACGGUCCCGGCCGAAGGCUGCUAGUAAAGAGUUGCUGAUGGGUCUCUGCUGCCUCCUUGCGGUCACGUCCGUGUUUGCGUGCUUGCUCCUUACUCUGUCAGAUGCAGAGGCCAGACCUACCUGGAGCUUUGUCCUCACCGGUUCUCUGUCGCGAGGGAAUGGUCUUCCAAAAGCAGCAUAUUGAAUUCUAGUCUGAACUUUGACCAGGCCACAGUGAGCUGAGAAGUGAAAAUUACCUUCAGCCCUCACCCAAAUAGAACGACUUGGUUUAUUCUUCCAGCUCAUUUUGGAGUCACUUUAUUUGUAGAAAUGAGUAUGAUACAUUUCAUCGUGAU